AUGGUACAGAUAAAUGACGAACCACAACCGCAAAGAUCUGAUGAGACCACACCUGAGAAGACCCACGUCGGAGAUGACCCACGCCGGAGAAGAAUACCCACGUCGAUGAAGACAACGAUGGAGAGGAAAAACCGAGCCGCACGCGUGAACCCCUGUGUCAAAGCCGAGCCGCGCCUGCGCCAAGCCGAGCCGGUCCCUGUCCUCUUCCAGCCGAGCCGCCAAGACCAAUUUGGCUCCAUCCACCUACAUUUUGGGCGUCUUGGACCGAGUGACCGGUGCGGCGAGAGACUCUCUUCAGUAGGGACUCAUCCACUGCAACCUUUUCUGGGGAUCCCGUUGCUUGGAAAGCACACGUGUCUUGCGGUUAGGACUCGUCGGGUGAAUCUCCAGGGAGAAUGCCGCCACGUAGAGGUGCACGCCGAGGAGGUGGUAGGGGAGGCAGAGGUGCCGGUCGUGGCCAGCCGGAGGCGCCACCUGCUGCACCGGCAGUCGACCCAAAUGCACCGGUCACCCAGGCGGAUCUCGCCGCGAUGGAGCGGCGCUAUCAGGACAUGCUGCAAGCUGCUUUGGCGCCUUUCCUAGCCGCCCAGCAGAACCAGGCCGCCCAGCAGAACCAGGCCGCCCAGCAGAACCAGGCCGCCCCUGCUCAGGCCCAAGCCGUUGUUCCUCCAGCCCCUGAGGAAGCUCCACCAGUACCAGUUCAACUGUCGGCCGAGGCGAAAC